ACACCAUUGACCGAAAGUAUAACCAUACAUCGGCACAGUCAAUAAUGACUUAUUGAGAAAAUAUUGACCAUUGUUUUCAACUUGUUAUACAUUUUUUUCUUCUACUUCUAAGCUAAUUAAGUUCAUCGACAAUGGCGUCUGUCAACAAUGGCAAUCAGAGCACAUCAGCUAAUGUUGAUUCGAAAACACCGCUCACAAACAUAACCAACACUUCGGCGAACAGCAGCUCGCAGGCUGGAACAGGGCAGCAGCUAAUUGAGUUUUUACCCGCUUUAGAAGACUACACUCCAACUAUUCCUGACUCGGUCACUGGUGCAUUUCUCAACUCUGCUGGAUUCGCUUCUAGUGAUCCAAGAGUCGUGCGUCUAAUUUCCCUGGCAGCGCAGAAAUUCAUAUCCGAUGUGUCCAACGACGCCCUUCAGCACUGCAAAGUCCGAACUUCGAACCAGUCAUCAAAGUCCAAAACAAAAGACAGGACUUACACUUUAACUAUGGAUGAUUUGACGCCAGCCCUCGCAGAACACGGCAUCAACAUAAGGAAGCCUCCUUAUUUCGUCUAAUUUACAAACUUUUUGAUCUCGUCUACAAAUCGAUACUUUACAAAUUAUCACUUACAAAAUAUUUGGAUUUAUUGUAUUAUAAAACAUUUGAUUUACUAAUAAAAUAAUCAAAUUAUAAUUUAAAAUA